AUGAUACCGACCACGAGUCAUGUAACUGUUUUAGGGGUCGGGUUAUGGCUGAGUGUUGUGGGCGGAGCUCCGACAGCGGUCACACCUCAUCGCCCCCCAGCCCCACCCACUACCACACUCUCCCCCCCAGGCUCUCCGUAUGAUCCACACCAGCGGUGGAGUGAACAUAGUGCCUACGACAAUGUGCGUAAGUUGCCGUGUGAAGCGUCAGGGGGCUGUCCCGAUGAGAGCACCGUCAGACGUAAACACGACGUUGGAACACAAGACACUCACCCCCAGGUAAGUUCUUCCACUUCAGACGUACACACAGACGAAACUCCCUCCAACGUGGCUCGUACUGCGCUCAAUGUUGCUAGCUGGGUCUCUGGUAGUGAUGCGAUACAAGGCUCCCACGAUACAGUGACGGACCCUCCUAGCGUGGUUGGGACGGAAUCCUCAGGGCUGUUUACCUGGAGCUGGAUAGAUGACACAGCCGAGGCAGCAGAUGCACUUGUGAGGGAAGAUCAACCUCAAGAAACUACCACAGUCAGCCACUCCAACAACCAGUGGACAAAACUACCAGGAUUUGGCAGCCCAAACAUCGGGAAGAAGGAGACUACAAAUGGCGAACUUGAUCAUCAACUAACCGAUCAGGAGGACGAUGUUGACCCCAGUGUGAUAAUUACUCCUGAAGGACAAGGUGGCCACGUGACGAGUGUUGAAGAUGGUGAGGGAUACGUGGGUCAUCCUGCAGGUGUUGGUGGUCAUGUUCCAGGCGCUGACGAAAGUGAGGGACCCGCGCCAUAUGUUGCUGAGAGUGAGGGUCUGAGUAUGAAACCUGACAAAGGGAUUCAUUGGAUCAAGUUAUUGCCAGAAGACGUUCCUAAAACCCAGGAAAAUUUACCCAAAACUCCUGAAUACCCGAGUCACAGCCCAGCCCAGAAACCCAACUUAAAGACCCAUCACCAACCAAGUCUUAUACCCCGCGACCCGACGAUGGCAGAUGACUCCUUGCUAUCUUCUUCAGCUGUCCAGUCCACAUUACUCCAACAAAACCACACAUCGGUUAUUAUCAAUCCUCAAAGACCCUCUCACUUAACAGAUGCAGUAACUGGUGAAACGCCUCCAGUUAGUGUACAUCAGUCAUCACACAUAGUCAAUGACGCCACUACUCAGCAGACAAUGACCGUCCUCUAUGACUCACUUGACUCAGCCAUAAUUGAGGAGAUGAUGUCUGCCCUCACUAAACCCCCACCACUGGUCCCUCAUCACCUCACCUCACCCGAGACAGACCAAACAACCCAAGCAACACCUACAACCACAAGAAACUCAACACAAGGUAACACAAAUGACCCAAUAUAUGAAACACUUCCACCUUCAGUAUUCACGACGGAGGCCCCAUCGUAUACCAGCCGUACGACGGAAACACCAGUGCGUUCUUCUCUUUAUGGGCACAGGACGCGAGAGCCUUCAGCCCUCACUGGGACUAACUCACGUACACCUCCGCCAGCCGUGACAGUGACCUCUACACCUCAAGUUCUUCCUGGACAACACAGAACAGAGGUCACUAAGGCUCCCAGUUUGUACACCUGGACGGAACAUACACCUGGGAUAAUGUUCUUUGUUCCACAUGAAGAACACGAUAAGGCCGAACCGUCAGAGGACUUCCCCAAAUCUGAACAACGACUAGAUGAUAUUGUACCAGAUAAACUUUUGGUACAAUCCCGUCCAAUAGUGCCAGUGAUGGGUGAGAAGCCACAGCUCUCAGCCGAUGGGACAAAGAACAAAUUUUACUCUAAUUCUGAACACUUUUCGUCAGAGAAACAUCGUGUCACGACACCCAGCCCACAGAUGUUCAUUCCUGCACCUGAACAAAUAUCUACGAUGCUGGAACAACUGGCUGAACAACAUAAGAUUCCAAAUGAAAUCCCUAGACUGGAACAAAUGAACAAUGCCCACUUAUUUACGACUACUGAACGACCAAGUAUUAAACCUGGUCAGUUAAAUUUGAGGGCUGACCAAACAUUCAACACACAUCAUGAACAACAAACACAUGGACAAAUGGAACAACUAAUCAAGGGACCUGGACAGUCAAGUAUAUGGCCUGAACAAACAUCGUCCUUCAAUGAACAAAAGUUUGACCCUCAUGAACAAACAACCGUGACACAUGAACAGUCUACCGUGUGGUAUGAACAAACGGCAAAAUGGCCUGAACAACUAAUCGUCUGGACAGAAGAAUCGACAGUGAAUCUUAUAAGAGUACCUGAACAACAAACUAAAAUUACUGAACAACCAUUUUAUAGACCUGAACAAACAACUAAAAGACCUGAACAACCAUUUUAUAGACCUGAACAAACAACUAAAAGACCUGAACAAACAACCUGA